UUUGUUUUCAGAUAACCAGUUAGUUCAGUUGCUAAUAAUUUAUAUUGAUUCUUUGGUGAGUUACUGAUUUAUUAAUACUUUCAUACAUACGAAAAUGUAUUUUCAACUCAUUGGGUUUCUAUGUUUAUUAGCAUCAACCAAAGCUCUAGAAGACACUUGGACCUCGACAAGUUCUGAUGGAUCAACUACCUGCAAUUAUACCUACAUUUAUUAUAACAGUGGAUAUUUUGUUGGACCUGAGGAAAUAAUUAGUGAUGCCUUUGAAUGUGGUCAUGGAAGUGCUAAUUGUAUCACUACUUUGAAAUUCACUAAAAAUUUCACAACUCAAUAUGAAGGAGUUGAGAACUUGGAUCCAAGAAGUUUUGAAAGUUUAAAAAGACGUGUUGGUCAAUUGGUCAGUAAAUCUGGUUUCGGCUCUGUAGAAUCGAUAAUCAAAGAGGGGAGACAUUCUUGCACCAUUAGACCAGGAUAUCGAGUGCAAAUAGUAACAAGAGCUCGUUAUCAAAAGCUAACUGGUACUCUUGAAGAGCGAUGUUUUACUUCCUGUUCAAACUGUAUCCAAAAAGAAGAUUCUAUCAGAUCAGUUCCAUUGAAAAUGAAAAUACUCGUUGAAAGUAACAAUGAUAAUCAGAACGAUGAAAGUAUAAGAUGUAGAGUUGAACCUAAAGUGAAAAUUGUCGCAAUGACCAGAAGGAAAAGAAGCACAGCAAGACGAUGUAAUCCGACAAAAAUGAGCGCCGGUAAAAUGUUCAACGCUGUUGGUGAUGUUCUUCACAAGGUUAUGACCAAUACUCAUUUGAAUCGAGUUAAAACUCUCGAACAUACAAACAUCGACGGACAUAAUGUUUGGGCUAUCGGGAUGUGUUGGAAUGGACUGAAACACGAUUUCUGUAAAUUUUGUAUCCGUGACCUUGUUGAUAAUAUUUGGACAGAAUGUGAUAACGCAAUAGGAGCACGGCUUAGGAGUAACAAUUGCGGAAUUAGAUAUGAGAUGUACGAAUUAACUUCAGCGAACUCCGAAGACUCUUUUGUAUUCAAUGAUUGAUAUCAUAUUCUAAGCCACGAAAUGAUGACCGUUACAAAGAUAUUUUUAACAUAUGAUUUGAUUCAAAAUCUAUGAAAUUAUUAACCGAUUGAUUCAGAAUCAUCUUGAUUGUUUGUUACUAAUUGUGACUAUUGGAUUU